GCUGCUGCUUCGGCCUUCGUCAAGGUGGAAGCCGGCGAGGGAGAAGGAGGCGGCUGCGGCGGGGGCGAGCAGAUCUCCGCCGAGGAGGAGCUCCGCCUGGGCCAGGCCGGCUUCAUGCAGCGCCAGUUCGGGGCCAUGCUCCAGCCCGGGGUCAACAAGUUCUCCUUGAGGAUGUUCGGCAGCCAGAAGGCCGUGGAGAGGGAGCAGGAGAGGGUCAAGUCCGCCGGCUUCUGGAUCAUCCACCCCUACAGCGACUUCAGGUUUUACUGGGACUUGACGAUGCUGCUCCUCAUGGUCGGGAACCUGAUCAUCAUCCCCGUGGGCAUUACCUUCUUCAAGGACGAGAACACCACGCCGUGGAUCGUUUUCAACGUGGUCUCGGACACGUUCUUCCUCGUCGACCUGGUCCUCAACUUCCGCACGGGGAUCGUGGUGGAGGACAACACGGAAAUCAUCCUCGACCCGCAGCGGAUCAAGAUGAAGUACCUCAAGAGCUGGUUCGUGGUGGAUUUUAUCUCCUCCAUCCCGGUCGACUACAUUUUCCUGAUCGUGGAGACCCGCAUCGAUUCGGAGGUUUACAAGACGGCCCGCGCCCUGCGGAUCGUGCGCUUCACCAAAAUCCUCAGCCUCCUGCGUCUCCUGAGGCUGUCCAGGCUCAUACGCUACAUCCACCAGUGGGAAGAGAUCUUCCACAUGACCUACGACCUGGCCAGCGCCGUGGUGCGGAUCGUCAACCUGAUCGGCAUGAUGCUGCUGCUGUGCCACUGGGACGGCUGCCUCCAGUUCCUGGUGCCCAUGCUCCAAGACUUCCCCGACGACUGCUGGGUCUCUCUGAACCGCAUGGUGAAUGACUCCUGGGGGAAGCAGUAUUCCUAUGCUCUGUUCAAGGCCAUGAGUCACAUGCUGUGCAUCGGCUACGGGCAGCAGGCCCCGGUGGGCAUGUCCGACGUAUGGCUCACCAUGCUGAGCAUGAUCGUCGGCGCCACCUGCUAUGCCAUGUUCAUCGGUCACGCCACGGCCCUCAUCCAGUCUUUGGAUUCCUCACGGCGGCAGUACCAGGAAAAGGUAAGCGCUCUGCUCUGCAGACACAAACUUCCUGGAGAAGAAACAAACAAAAUCCACACAUAUUAUGAUCAAAGCCUAGGCGGGAAAAUGUUCGACACUGAAAAAUUGUUGGGAAUUGAAUGAAGCAAACCUGGCAGAGAGGAGAUCAUCAACUUCAACUGCCGGAAGCUCGUGGCCUCCAUGCCCCUGUUCGCCAACGCGGAUCCGAAUUUCGUGACGUCCAUGCUGACCAAGCUGCGUUUCGAGGUUUUCCAGCCCGCGGACUACAUCAUCCGGGAAGGCACCAUCGGGAAGAAGAUGUACUUCAUCCAGCACGGGGUGGUGAGCGUGCUCACCAAAGGCAACAAGGAGACGAAGCUGGCGGACGGCUCCUACUUUGGAGAAAUCUGCCUGCUGACCCGCGGCCGGCGCACGGCGAGUGUGCGAGCCGACACUUACUGCCGCCUCUACUCCCUCUCGGUGGACAACUUCAACGAGGUGCUCGAGGAGUAUCCCAUGAUGAGGAGGGCGUUCGAAACAGUGGCGCUGGACAGGCUCGACAGAAUCGGUAAGAAGAACUCCAUCCUCCUCCAUAAAGUCCAGCACGACCUCAACUCCGGAGUCUUCAACUACCAGGAGAACGAGAUCAUCCAGCAGAUUGUGCAGCACGACAGAGAGAUGGCCCACUGCGCCCACAAUGUCCAGGCGGCGGCGGCCGCUGCCUCCUCCCCCACGCCUGUCAUCUGGACCCCCCUCAUUCAGGCCCCGCUGCAAGCGGCCGCCGCCACCACCUCGGUAGCAAUAGCCCUCACUCACCACCCUCGCCUUCCGACCGCCAUCUUCCGUCCUCCGGUGUCUGUCCUGGGUUCUUUGGGGCAGCAGUCGAACCAGACUCCUCGGCAUCUGAGACGGCUCCACUCCUUGGUGUCGUCGGCGGGGCCUUCCGUCGUGGGCUCCCCUUCCAGCACGCCGGGAGCAGAAACUCUCUCAUCCUCCUCCUUCCAGAUCCAGCAGCUGGCGGGCUUCACGGCCUCGGCCGGCUUGGGCCACUUCCACCGGGCCUCCGCUGGCUCUCUGUCUGCCGGUUCGAGCCGCCAAGCCUUGGGCAGCCCAUUGUCUGUGGGAUUAAAUCCCCAAGAGCAGGGAGGGCCUUCCGACGCCCUGGAAGGGCCCGCUCACCAGCAGGAUCCCGAGUCCGACAGCAACCUGCUGAGUGGCUUUGGCCCCUUCCAGAAAGCCCCCGAGAGCUCUCCAUCCAGCGCCUUCACCCGGCCGCCCUCAAAUUCGCCCGGCAGCCCCCUCGGCCACCUGAAGCCCGCUUGCCGGCCACUCCAGGCGGGGCAGUCACAGCAGCUCUCAGGAACUGGAGCCCUGGGAGGGAUGAACCCCUUCCCGCCCCCGCCUGGUUCUCCGUCCUCUAGCUUCAGCCAGCUGGCCCAGGGAAUGGGAGGCUCCCCGUCAGGCUUGUGCCAGAGCCCCCCGCCAAGUGCAUUAGGACCUUCUGCUGCGCCUGCUGCGACCGCAGCUCAGAUGCACCACGAAAGGUCACCCUUCGCCUCUUUGUCUCCCUUGAAACAGCCUGGCGUCGCCCCUUCUUUCCACCCGCCUUCAGGCCUUAGUCCUCCUAGUCCGAGCCCCGCAGCCAGGACUUUCCCGGGUGGCCCUUCCGGGGCGCUGGGCUCUCACAGGUCUCUGCUGCCGCCACCUCAGUCCUCCAGCCCCCCUCCGCCUGCCCUUCCGCCCAGGAGCACGCCACCGCGUCCGCCCGGACGAUUCACCCAGGACCUCAAGUUGAUUUCUGCUUCCCAGCCAUCUUUGCCCCAAGGAGCGGCUCAGACUUCAAGCCAAGGCUCUCCUCGUUCCUCCAGGGAGUCUGUUUCUAGCUUCUCGUCCUUCUCUGGAGGAGGAGGAGGGACCAGACCUCUCGGGAAGCCAUACAGCUUUGCGCCAGGGAGAGUGACUCUGCCGCGCCACAUGUCCUCAGGUUCUCUGCCUCAGCCGCCCGCACUGGAGGCCAGUCCCGCCAUUUCCCCGUCUCUGACUGCUGCCGAAGGGAGGAAAGGAUCUAUAGGGCUCACGGGAGAUCGAGAACCGAUCCGAUCUAAACUGCCUUCCAAUUUGUGA